AUGGCACAACGGCCCCAGUGGAACGACCUGGAAGGUCAAUCAUCUGACCUCAACGCGCUUGCCGCGUCCACACUGCAUUUUCUUGAACUACAAAGUCACAUUUCACGAGAUGAGCUCGUAGGGUCAGUUUCUGGAAACCAUGAAGGUAGUCAAUACGACGAUCAAAACGGAGAAAGUCAUGAAGGUUCCAAUCCUGGUAUGGUCAAUGAAGAGCAGCCAUCUUUGGAGCAGAUCCAGCAGGUUUAUUAUAGCAAAGGUCUUGAAGAGCUCGAAAGUUUAAAGCUUCUUGAUCUUACACCACUUGCCAACUGGAAACUCUCCUCCUUCAAGCCGGGAUUUGGGCUUCCCCAGCUUCGGGCAGACACCCCAGAAUCAUACUGGCAGUCCGAUGGGAGCAAUGGAGUCAGCAACAUUAACGCAGGAAACUCGGAUCAAUUGGUAGUUCCUCAUUCCAUCACCAUACAAUUUGCAAAAAGAGUAUCGCUCGAACGGAUUUCUAUAUUCACCAAUUAUUCUUUGGACGAAUCGUACACACCGUCCAAGAUACAGAUUCUUGCUGGCAAUUCUGACGGGUGGGAUCUCAGUGAGGUUUGCACCGUCAAUUUCAAUAAGCCAAUUGGCUGGUCUCACAUCAUAUUUAAUCGCAUUCGUCAAGAUGGAGUACUCAAGUGUUUUGUCGUCAAAUUGAAGGUUUUGGCCAACCACCAGGACGGCAAGGACUCGCAUAUUCGUGCCAUACGAUGUUUUGGCAAACGAAGUACCACUCAUGGAAAAGUGGCUGCUACAGAAAUUCCCUUUAGUUUGGGGUCUGGUGAGCUUUUACGGGAAUUGAGCUUAAAUAGUGCAGCGCUGGCGCUGGCUAUGGAAGAGUCGUUGGACCAGGGAGUGAAUUUUGACGACAACGAGACCUCGAGGAUCAUUAAUAAUGUGAACGAAGUGAUUGGGUUCAAUGGGUUUCAAAGUCUAGAGCUCAAAAGUGUGCUGUCGAUCAGAUAA